AUGGCUUCAAAUGGAUAUUUAAAUAGUAUUGAUGCAGUACCACCGCCUCUCAUAGAUAGUGAUGGAAGACCACCAUCUCCUCCACCUCCACCUCCAGAUUCAUUCGUCCCUCCACCACCUCCAAGCUCAUUAGCUCCACCUCCUCCCCCUUCUAGUGAUCUUCCACCACCGCCUCCAUCGGAACUACAGCCUCCUCCCCCGGAACCCAAAAAGAAGAAAGGUUGGGGAGCUCCAAAGCCAGGUCCGCUGAGUAUUGAGGACAUUUUAAAGAAAAAGAAAGAGGCAGAUGAGGCCGCAGCCAAGCCUAAAUUUCUAUCAAAAGCUGCCCGAGAGAAGCUCGCUCUCGAAAAAAGAGCAAAAGAGGUCGAAGAACAGAGGCGCAAGCGCGAAUCAGAGCAAGAUAACCGCAUACCUGUUGGAACUGUGAAUGGGAAUGGAUAUGGGGCUGCGAAUGGACGAGAUGGUUAUGAGCGGUCGCAUCAGCAGGAUAAUGCGCGUCGAGAUUCUUCCUUUGUGCCCACUGGACCUCGAGCCAUGCGGAAUGGCCAACAAAAUCGACCUUCUAGUGACAAGCCGAAUGACAUGGAGCCGCCACCUAAAUCAGCCAAACCAGCUACUACUGCUGCAGGUUCGAGUAAAGCUUCAGUGGCUGGUGAGAAACGUCCUGCGAAUGCGGAGGAUUUGCAAGCUGCUCUCAUAAGAACGCGAUACAUGGGUGCCGAAACGAAUCAAUCAACGUUUUCCGCAAAGAAGAAACGCAGGAGGACAACCGAGAAGAAAUUUAACUUUGAGUGGAAUGCUGAGGAGGAUACUAGUCCAGAUUAUAAUCCUAUUUACCAAAAUCGUGCGGAAGCAGGUUUAUAUGGGCGAGGUAGAUUGGCUGGUUUUGCAGAAGAUGAAGCAGCAACUUUGAAAUAUGCGAAAGCUCUAGAAGAACGAGAUAUAGAGGCUGGAAGUGCGCGUGCACGAGAAAUUGUGGAAAUGGAGAGGCGGAGGAAAGAAGAUGCCGGCAGGAACUCACUUGACAAACAUUGGAGUGAGAAGAAAUUGGAACAUAUGCGAGAACGUGAUUGGCGUAUUUUCAAGGAGGAUUUCAAUAUCAGUACAAAAGGAGGGGCAAUUCCCAAUCCUAUGCGAAGUUGGUCGGAGUCCAAGUUACCAAAACGUCUUUUGGAUGUUAUCAAUCAAGUUGGUUAUGACGAGCCAUCGGCAGUACAGAGAGCUGCUAUUCCUAUAGCGCUACAAGCUAGAGAUUUGAUUGGUGUUGCCGUUACUGGUUCAGGUAAAACUGCGGCUUUCUUACUGCCAUUACUGGUCUAUAUCUCUGAAUUACCUCCACUGAACGAAUUCACGAAAAACGAUGGACCAUACGCUAUCAUUCUCGCACCUACCCGUGAAUUGGCACAACAAAUUGAGGUUGAAGCCAAGAAAUUUGCAACACCACUUGGAUUCACUUGUGUUAGUAUCGUUGGUGGACAUUCUUUGGAAGAACAAUCUUACAACCUUCGCAAUGGUGCUGAAAUCAUCAUUGCUACACCUGGUCGUCUAGUUGAUUGUAUUGAAAGACGAGUUCUGGUCUUAGGUCAAUGUUGUUAUAUCAUCAUGGAUGAAGCAGAUCGUAUGAUAGAUCUAGGUUUCGAAGAAUCCGUCAACAAAAUCUUAGAUGCACUUCCAGUCAGUAAUGAAAAGCCAGAUACAGAUGACGCAGAAGAUGCCCAGGCUAUGAGUAGACAUCUAGGAGGCAAGGAUCGUUAUCGUCAAACUAUGAUGUACACAGCCACUAUGCCUCCAGCCGUCGAAAAAAUCGCCAAAAAGUAUCUUCGUCGUCCAGCCAUCGUUACCAUUGGUAACAUUGGUGAAGCAGUCGAAACCGUUGAACAACGUGUUGAAUUUGUCGCCGGUGAAGAUAAACGUAAGAAGCGUCUUAAUGAAAUCCUCGCCUCGGGUGAAUUUCAACCUCCCAUCAUCGUCUUUGUCAACAUCAAACGUAACUGCGAUGCCGUGGCUCGCGAUAUCAAACAUAUGGGCUUCACAUCCGUCACACUUCACGGAUCCAAAACUCAAGAACAGCGUGAAGCGGCUCUGGCUUCCGUUCGCUCGGGCGCUACUAACGUCCUCGUCGCAACGGAUCUCGCUGGUCGUGGUAUCGAUGUUCCGGAUGUUUCCUUGGUCGUCAACUUUAACAUGGCCACUAAUAUCGAGAGUUACACGCAUCGUAUUGGUCGUACGGGAAGAGCCGGGAAAAGUGGUGUCGCGAUUACUUUCUUGGGUAAUGAGGAUGCGGAUACCAUGUAUGAUUUGAAACAGAUGUUGAUGAAGAGUAGUAUUAGUAGGGUACCGGAAGAGUUGAGGAAACAUGAGGCGGCGCAGCAGAAGAGUCAGAGGGGUCAGGGCUUGAAGAAAAUUGAGGAGGGGGGUUUUGGUGGGAAGGGUGGUGCGGGGGGUUGCUAA